AAUCAAGUUAAAAUGAAGAUACAGUGGUUAGGACAUGCCGGAUUUAAGAUCCAGUUUGCUGAUCCAGAUGAUGCUAGUGUUACUAGAACCAUCUUUGUAGAUACCUGGCCUGAUUGCCCAACCUUCCCAGAGAGUGCUAAGGACCAACUUAGUGAUGCUGACUUGAUUCUGGUUACUCAUGGACAUUUUGAUCAUAGUUCAGGUGCUCCUGCUUUGUUCAAAAAUGCAAAAGAAGCUGGAAAGGAUCCAAAAAUAGCUGUGAUUUUUGAACUCUCUAAGUACUUUACCAAGCAUCACGAGAUCCCAGAAGAAGGCAUCACUGGCAUGAACAAAGGAUGCCCAGUGGAUUUCGGCUUCUGCCAGAUUACAAUGGUCUCUGCUGACCAUUCUUCUGGAUGCUUUGAUCCCACUGGAGACGUCUGUUAUGGAGGAGAAGCAGCAGGAUAUGUCAUCGAAGCUGAUGGAAAGAAGAUUUAUCAUGCAGGAGACACUAAUGUCUUCACAGAUAUGUCAAUCAUCUCUGAACUUUACGAGCCAGAGUACGCUUUGAUCCCUGUAGGAGGACAUUUCACCAUGGGACCAAGAGAAGCUGCUUUCGCUCUUUGUAAAUUUUUAACAUCCAUUAAGUUCGUGAUCCCAAUGCAUUUUGGAACAUUCCCUUUGCUGAAAGGAACUCCAGAGUCAACUCAAGAGCACUUUGAAACUUUCAAAGAGAAGUACAGUAGAGAUGAUGUAAAGUGGCUGAACCCAUUCGACUACAAGGAAGGUCUCACAGAGUUGUAAUGUA